GUGGCUGUGUGUGUGCCACACACAGCCAUUCGUGUACUGUGCGCUAUAAUAAUUGUACCAGUCUAUGAAGUAUGCUUGUAUUAUUGAUGUUUGUUAUUCUUAGUAUGUAAGGUUUUCUUUCUUUUCUUUUUUUGUACAAGAAUGGCCCGAGAUCCAAUAUGCAAAAAUAUUAUAUGUUUAUUGGUGUUGAGUAAAUAGUUGAGUAAAUCUGCAGAAAUCACUUACUUGAAUGGAGUAAGGUGGCUUCACUCUUUCCUUAUCUUCUGUCAUUCAAGGGUCAAUAAUAGCCAUAAAUAAUCCAAAGUCUAACAUCUGAGCCACUCCUUAUGUUGAUCAAUCUUAGAAACUAACCUGAAGCUUUUGCUCUUCAACAAUCAGUCCCUUUCUUCCUUUCUUAUGCUUUUUCCCAUCUCCUCCUGAAUAUAGGCUAUAAGCCUGUAGAUGUUUUUUUUCCUGCUUCUGCCACUACACAGCACUUAGAGGCAUACCCUAGCUAGAAGACAUGAAGCAGAUGGUUUUCUUGGCACGACAUUAAUUUCAUUUGUCUUCUUUCUCUUCUAGCUUUGACUGCUGCAGCAGGACGAGGCAAGCUGGAAGUUUGUCGCCUGCUUCUCGAGCAAGGAGCAGCUGUAGCCCAGCCCAACAGACGUGGGGUUGUUCCCUUAUUCAGUGCAGUCAGACAAGGCCAUUGGCAGAUUGUUGAUCUCUUGCUCACCCAUGGUGCAGAUGUUAACAUGGCAGAUAAACAAGGUCGGACUCCUUUGAUGAUGGCAGCUUCAGAGGGACAUUUGGGCACCGUAGAAUUCCUACUAUCACAAGGCUCCUCCAUAUCUCUAAUGGAUAAAGAAGGGCUGACUGCCCUCAGUUGGGCUUGCCUAAAGGGCCACCUUUCAGUAGUACGAGCUUUAGUGGAAAGUGGAGCUGCUACAGAUCAUGCUGACAAAAACGGGCGCACUCCAUUGGAUCUAGCUGCUUUUUAUGGUGACGCUGAGGUGGUUCAGUUCCUGGUUGAUCAUGGUGCCAUGAUUGAGCAUGUGGACUACAGUGGGAUGCGACCCCUAGACAGGGCGGUGGGUUGCCGCAAUACAUCCGUUGUAGUCACACUCUUGAAGAAAGGAGCCAAGAUAGGUCCAGCAACCUGGGCGAUGGCCACUUCCAAGCCAGACAUCAUGGUCAUCCUGCUGAGCAAGCUGAUGGAGGAGGGAGACAUGUUUUACAAGGUGAGAUAG